AUGUCUUCCAAAGACACUGGAGGGGACUCAAAGCUGUUCGCUCGAGGCAAAGUAGCUGAGCUGCGCCUUGAGCUGAACAGCGGCGGGAAGAAGGACAAGAAUUAUGCGAUUAAAAAGGUCGCCCUCAAGAGGAUCGUGGCCAACAUGACGAUGAGCAACAACGACAUGGUUGCCUUGUUUCCCGAUAUAAUCGCCUGCAUGCACAUCCCGAGCUUGGAAAUUAAGAAGAUGUGCUUCUUGUAUCUUGUCAACUAUGCCCGGGUACGCCCAGAAAUCGCAGUCAAGGCUAUUCCGGUAUUGGAAAACGAUAUGGAAGAUCAAAAUCCUCUAGUACGAGCUCUUGCGCUGCGGACAAUGUCGUACAUUCACGUCAAAGAGUUUGUCGAAGCCACGGUCCCGAUUGUAAAGCACAUGCUUCGCGACAACGACCCCUACGUACGCAAGACGGCUGCAUUCUGCGUUGCCAAACUCUACGACCACGACCGGCAAAUGGUUGAACGAUCGGACCUCAUCGAUAGACUAAAUUCCCUAUUGCGUGACGACAACCCAACCGUUGUUGCUAGUGCGCUAGCAGGCUUGAUGGACAUUUGGGAAAGGAGCGACGCUAUCAAACUUACCAUUGACUAUAGCAAUGCGUCAAAGAUGGUGGCCAUCUUGCCCGAUUGCUCAGAAUGGGGCCAAACGUACAUCCUUGAGGCGUUGAUGUCGUAUGUACCACAGGAAACAGGCGAGGCAGCGUUGCUGGCGGAGCGCAUUGCACCACGCCUUUCACAUUCAAAUUCAUCGGUUGUGCUGACAUGCAUCCGUGUCAUUCUGUACUUGAUGAAUUAUAUCGCAGACCAGAAGCAAAUCAGCGCAUUGUGCAGAAAGCUUUCACCACCGCUGGUCACCCUUCUUGCCAAGGGACCCGAAGUUCAGUACCUGGCGCUCCGUAACGCUUUGCUGAUUUUACAACGGAGACCGGAGGUGCUCAAGAACGAUAUUCGAGUAUUUUUCUGCAAAUAUAACGACCCGAUUUACGUCAAGGUCACGAAGCUGGAGCUCAUCUUCAUGCUCGCCAAUGAGAAGAAUAUCGACGAGGUGCUGACCGAGUUGCGAGAAUAUGCCACGGAAAUCGAUGUUCAUUUUGUCCGAAAGGCUGUUCGUGCGAUAGGAAAGUUGGCGAUCAAGAUUGAGCCUGCGGCCAGGCGGUGUAUCGACCUUUUACUGGAACUGGUGUCGACCAAGGUCACAUACAUCGUUCAGGAGGCGACUGUGGUUAUCAAAAACAUUUUCAGAAAGUACCCCAACCAAUACGAGUCCAUCAUCGGUACCCUGUGCGAGCACCUCGACUCGUUGGACGAGCCCGAAGCCAAAGCGGCAAUGGUCUGGGUCAUUGGACAGUAUGCCGAUCGUAUAGAGAACAGCGACGCGCUGCUAGAGGACUUUCUCUACUCAUUUUCAGAAGAACCAGUCGAGGUUCAACUAGCGCUCCUCACAGCCACGGUGAAGCUCUUCAUCCAAAGACCAACCAGAGCACAGGAGCUAGUCCCUAAGGUCUUAAAAUGGGCCACGGAGGAGACAGAUAACCCCGACCUACGUGACCGAGCAUACAUGUACUGGCGGCUAUUAUCCACAGACAUGAACACAGCAAAGCAAAUCGUCAUGGGGGACAAACCACCAAUUACAGCCGAAGCCGAGCGAUUAGAAGCACCAACCCUAGAAGAAAUGUGUCUCAACGUCGGCACCCUCGCCACUAUAUACCUCAAGCCCGUGCAGACAGUCUUCCGGUCCGCACGCCCCCGGAAACUCCAGGACUCACCUGCCCUGCAAAGACAAAAUCUGCCCACAGACACCGAUAACCAGAAGAGCAUCAGCAUGUUUGGCCGCGGCGGGCAACCGACCAACAUCGACCUGCGAAGUCGCAAUGCCGCGCCAGCCAAUGGCGAGGGCAACCUGUCACAAGCAGUGAGUGACGCAGACGCCUACUUCUCAACUAUUGGGACGCAGAUGGCCGCGAUGAGGCUGGACCAGGGCGAGGAUAUGUUUGGCGGUAGUAGUGGGAAUAUGACAGGUUAUGUUGUCAGUGCGCAUGCACCACAGGCGGUGCUGCAGCCGGCGCAGGGGGGAGGGAGUAAUGGUGAUUUGUUGGCGUUGUAA